UCUCAGUCUGUUCUUGAAAACUUUGCGUAAAGUGACAUCUAUAGGUUGACAAAUUUAUAAAAGCAAAUUGUCAAUAAAUGUGAGGGAUAUUUCAGAGUUUGUUUUUUGUUAAGUUUUACACCCCUCGCGAAGGCUACUUUCGCUUUCACUUAAAUUACUUUGAGAUCUGGCAGAAAAGGCAGCCCAAUGGACAGACUGUAUAUGCCAGAAAAAAUUCAAGAAGACCAUGUCAACAAAAUCAAGGAUUUGUUUGCAUCUAAAAGCCCUGAAGAAAUUCCCCAUCAGCUUACGACUCUUUUGGAGGUGUUUGGCCAUUUUAAAAUAGAUAUUGCUGUGACUGGAGAGUCUGGUGCAGGAAAGUCUACCCUUAUCAAUGCAUUCCUAGGACUGUGUCCUGAUGAUGCAGGGGCAGCUCCAACAGGAGUUGUAGAAACCACAAUGCAAGCAACUAUGUAUCAGCAUCCAAAUCAACCACAGGUCAGGCUGUGGGAUCUUCCAGGGAUGGGCACCCCUACCUUUGCAUCCAAGAAUUAUGUAAAGACAAUGAACUUUGACACAUAUGACAUGUUUAUGGUUGUGAUGUCAGAGAGAGUCAGAGAAAACAACAUGCUUUUGAUUGAUGAAAUUCUACGACAAAAGAAGCCAUUUUAUUUUAUCAGAACAAAAAUUGACAAUGAUAUGCGCUCCCAGAAAAAGAAAGCGCACUUCUCUGAAAUAAGUGCAUUGAAUCAUAUAAGACAAGACUGUGAGAAAUAUCUGAAGGAAAAGCACUUGGACACCCAUGUGUUCUUAGUUUCAGCCCUUGACACAACAAAUUAUGAGAUGCAGAAGCUCAUAUACACUCUUAAGAACGAGGUUCCUCAACUCAGGGUAGAGGUAUUUUCAAGUCUUCUGGACAAGUUGUUGCAUGGAAGUUGGCUGACAGCAAGGCAUGUUACGCAUCACAUCCAACAGACUGGAAAAAUGCAAACUCAUGACAUCACGACGUUACAAAAUAUGCAUAAAUGCAAAGGCUUUGGAGCUGUGCAAGUCAAAGUUAUAUUAGAGGCUCUGAAUCACUUUCAGCUCGAUGUUGCAGUUUUGGGAGAGACAGGGUCUGGAGUAUCCACUUUGAUAAAUGCCUUAAAUGGGCUACAAAAUGAGGCAUGUGGUGCAGCAGCAACAUCCUUCAGCAACCCAACAAUGAGUCUUGGAUACCCAGAUGUCCGGUUCUGGGACAUAUCAGGCAUAGAGGCAGUGAUGGAUUACUCAAUGUAUGAAAUGAAACAAGUUUUUGAUAAUAACGACUUCCACAUCAUCAUUGUAUCAGACUGGCAAAAUGCACGGCAUAUAAAACUAGCCAAAGCUGUGAAUGAAUUAAGGAAGCAUUUCCUCUUGGUCCAGACAAAAGUAGACCAUCAGCUAGAGGCUCAAAAAGAUUUGUGCUGUGCCGAGACUGAGAUGCUUGAUGGACUACGGGCACAAUAUACCCAAGAGCUUCAGAUGGUAAACCUGGAUGAACAGCAAAUUUUUCUCAUUAACAGCCUUGACAGAAGUAGAUUUGACUUUGUUGGUUUGGAGAGUGCACUGUCCAGUGACCUCAACAUUAUCAGGACAAGUGCCUUUGCAUACUAUAUUGCAAAAAUAGUCAGGGACAAACAAUAACAUGUCAGAUAUGAUGCACUGAUGAAAGAUUUUCAAAUGAUUAUUUUUCUAUUGCACAUACCAUCAGACAUUUCAAAUAGUUUUACUUACAACUAUUUUUGUUUAAAGCUGCUGUUUAAAACUGGUGUGAAAUAAAGUGUGAAAAAAUAUGGGUAUCAGCAAAUAAUCUGUAAUUGUGCAAUAUCUCUGUGUACUGUGUAUUGGAUAUCUUAUAACUGUGUAGAAUGCAAAUCUGUCUAUGAGCCACGAUUAACAAACUGCACUCAGAACUCUUGGUGAUGAAUAAAAUAGCAGUUCAUGUAAUACAAACGUGGACAAAUGCUUUAGAAUAUUUAAGUAUAAAGUGAGGUUAAUGGUAUGUGGUUGGUGUGUGGUUUGAUUUCUGGCCUCUGUCCUUCAAAUCCUCCCCUCAAGAUUGCAAGACUAGUGGAGUGGUGGUGGCGUAGUGGCUAAUGACUGUAUUGUCCCUGUAAUAAUUGCACUGUAAGUCGCUUUGGAUAAAAGUGUCUGCCAAAUGCAUAAAUGUAAAUGUGCUUUGUCAUAGCUAAACAUUGACAUAGUUUCUCUACAAUUAAGCCAUCAAAAUGUAAAAACCAAACAUACUGUAGAUAUGGGUAGAUGACUGUAUUUAUGACAGAGACUAUGUUUGUCAAAACCUGUUUUGUGCACUAAUUAGCUAAAUUAUCUCUGUGAGUCAUAUGGUUUUCAAGUAUAGUUAUAUUGCACUGUUGUGAGUUGUUAACAUUACACAUUACUAUGUAAAGUAGGACAUUCUAUUAUGAGUCCACGCAUAUUAUAUUGUUAGCAUCACUGUAUACUAGUGCUGGGCAAAUAAAGAUAUAUAUUGUGGUGACGAUAAUCCACAUGCUUGUGUAAAUAUCCACGUGCGAAGCAUGUGCAUAACUAUCAGUGGGCAGGGCUUCACGUAAGACUGAGAACUGAAUAAACAUGGACAUGGUUUGUCCUGCAAUGAAAAUGUGACAAAUUCUAUGGCAUUCAUAUUGCAUUAAGCUCUUCAUAAGCGCUAAGUAUGCUUCUCAUCUUCUCACAUGCAUCUGAGUUUUAAUCUUUGGAGCGCGCAAGUGCACACGAGUUCAGCAGGCUUCCUGAUAUCUGAUCUCCAGAGAGAGCGCAAAGCAGGAUUGCGCUACUCAAUCUGGUUUCUCUCGAUAUCGCAGCGCAGACCACACACUUACGUGACCCAUUUGAAUCAAUGAGUUUUGUUUUUACCUUAAAGUGCCUACCUGAAUUCUGAAGGGGGUUUAUACUACACAUAAUCACUCUUACUAAAAUUCUGCUCAACACUGUUUGAAAUUAUGGGAAAACAAAACAUGUAAAAAAUUUUGCCUUUCAAACAAGUCUUUUUUUUUUCUCUAUAAAGAUUACUUAAAUGAUGAAGAGCCUA